AAAGAAUGUAAAGAAUAUAUCAAUGGAUAUCCUGAAGCUUUGUACAAAUCAUUUUAUACAAAGAUCAAGACUCAAAAUUUUAUAGAUCAACAAAAUAUUGAUUAUAUUAAAGAUACAUUAAAU